GCAGUCUCGAUAUCAUCGACUGGGGGAAAGGUUAUUACCUUCUCAAUUUCGAUUUUGCUCUCUGUUUCUCUGAACCACUUUCAGAAUGGCGGCUCUGUCCAAUGCUCUCGUGAUUUCAGAACCACGUUCUCUGCUCCGUUCGUCGUCCGGUGCUACUGUAAAAUCAUCAGACCAACUACUACAGACCACAAACUUAAUUGGUUUAAAGAGCACGAGGAAACCCUCCAUCCAGAAAAGGGCUCUCACCAUUCAAGCUAGUUAUAGUGACAGAGGGGGACCAAGCAGUGCAAGUAUGUUUAUUGGUGGUUUUGUUCUUGGCGGAGUAAUUGUUGGAACGCUUGGUUGCAUUUAUGCGCCUCAGAUUAGCUAUGCUUUAGCUGGAACAGACAAAAAGGAUUUGAUGAAAAAGUUACCCAAGUUCAUAUAUGAUGAAGAAAAGGCCUUGGAGAAGCAGCGCAAGAAACUAUCUGAAAAGAUUGAACAGCUCAACCUUGCUAUUGAUGGCAUGUCCAAUCAGUUGCCAUCUGAAGAACCUCCAAUUGAAACAGCAGCAAGCGAAGACAAUGAAAUAGUUGCCUGAAUUCGAUGCAGCUAUCAUCUGGAGAUGUCGUAUCUUGUGACUUUUCUCAUCUUUAAUUAAUGACUAGCGCCGAAUCUAUGGGAUAUGAAUUGAACUUGUUUGCAUGUUAGACCUCAAACUCUUUAUGAAUUUUCUUCGCAAUUCUUCUCCACCAAUCAAUCAUCAUAUGUAGAAAGAACUAUGCUAUUCUGAUCUGAAGGUAUUCUUGGCUUUAAAGAGGCUACUGUCUGAUUAUUCACCUUA